AUGGCUGUGGAAGAAAAUAAUUCAGUUCUUCCACCGGAAAUCAUAGAGUUCAUCCUGUCGAAAUCAACAUCGAAAUCUCUCCAUCUGUUCAAAACGGUUUCAAAGUCAUGGAAUAUUCUAAUCUCCGAUCCCGUAUUUCGGCGAAGCCAUCUCCACCAAUCAAGGUACUCGAAAUCGCGGAAUCUUUUUCUACGUAGUUUCGACUCCAACAACUCCCAUGCAUGUUUUUCGUUGGUUAAAUUUGAAGAUCGAAAGUUCCAUACCGUACAACAACAACUCAAAGUCCCCGAUAACUUCACCAAAAUAUUGUGCUUUUGUGACGGUGUGCUCGUCUUAUCCAAAUCCGACUCGUUGUACGAUAGAUUUAUGUUCUGGAAUCCGUCAACUCAGAAAAUAUAUAUUUCUCCAUUAAAAAAAUUCAAGCCAGCUUGCAGUUAUGGGCUUUGCCAUGAUCCAACGAUUGGUGGUUUUAAGUUUAUUAUCGUAUACGGGAUGCUCUACUUUGUUAUUUCGUGCAACGGCAAACGCUGGACUCUGACUCGAAAAAUAAUGGAACACAAUAUGCAUGGAGAGAUGAGUUCUCCGGUUAGUGUUGAAGGGGUUGUCUAUUGGGUUAAAUGGCACUUGGAUUCUAGAAUUAUUAGAUAUCGGAUAACGUAUUUCGACCCGAAAGACGACAAGUUCAAGAUUUUGCAGAAGCCGGAAAAUGUGGUGGAGACGACGAAGUUCUACUUGGUUGAUUUGAGAGGGCGCUUGUGCCUGUACUGCAACGGCCCCGGAAACAAUAUGUACACGGUUAAAAUCUGGAUGAAGGGAAAGGGGAGGGGCAAUAGUUCUUGGAACGAGUUGGUAACCAUUGAGAAUGUGGAGACUCCGAUUUGGUGGUUUAAGCCACUAGGCAUCGUGGAGAAUAAGAUUUUAAUUCGUUUGGCAUCGGUUGCAAAAACGUUGCUAUACAACCCUUUUGAGAAGACGUUUGAACAAGUUGAAGAUCUUACUUUUACGGAAUUGGUUCCGUAUAUGGAAAGUUUGUUCUUCCCCGACCCGAUAAUUUGA